AAACAUGGUACAUCAUAUCGUCAGACUGAAUCUUUGGAUAGAUUAAAUGUUAAUCAUAUACAUACAAUUUUAUAUAAACAAGAUAUUUUAAAUCAACAUGAAUUUCAUCGUAUUGUGGACCUAUUAAAAAUUCAAUAUGCUAUUGAAGAAUAUCUUUUCUGUUUUAUUCGUUCCUUGGGCAAGGUUGAAGUUAAAA